UCGGUUUUCUUUCUUGCUUUACUUUUUUGGCAGAGCAGUAUCUAUCUAUCUAGAACGUUUUAUUUUUUUUCUUCUCUUCUUCUGUCGAGCGGAUCGGGAGAGCGAAGCGAAAUUGUACAGACCAAGAUCCCAUAGAAGAUGAAGAUUUUCGUGAAGACCUUGAAGGGAACUCACUUCGAGAUCCAAGUGAACCCUGAAGACACCGUGGCUGAUGUGAAGAAGAACAUAGAAACAGUUCAGGGCCCAGAUGUUUACCCUGCUGGACAACAAAUGCUUAUCCAUCAGGGGAAAGUUCUUAAAGAUGCCACAACUUUGGAUGAAAACAAAGUGUCUGAAAAUAGCUUUCUUGUCAUUAUGUUGACCAAGAAUAAGGGCUCAUCUGGUGGAACUUCAACUGCAUCAGCGGCUCCUACAAGUCAGACCCCACAAACAAGUGCCGCAGCUCCUACAACAACCCCUCAACCUCCUGUAGCAACCUCAGCUCCGCUGCCAUCAGCUCCUGCACCUGCACCUGCACCCACCCCUGUUGCUGCAGCCCUUUCUGCCACUACUGUCUCCAGCACAGAGACAGAUGCCUAUGGCCAAGCUGCAUCAAAUCUUGUUGCAGGAAAUAACUUUGAGGAAGCCAUUAAGCAAAUACUAGACAUGGGUGGCGGGAGUUGGGACAGAGAUACUGUUGUUCGUGCUUUACGUGCUGCUUAUAACAACCCAGAGAGGGCUGUUGAAUAUUUGUAUUCUGGCAUCCCAGAGCAGGCAGAUGUUCCCCUCGCGGUUCGCCCUGCUGCAAGUGGUCAAGAUGUGAACUCAGCCCAGGCUCCGGCUCCGCAACCAGCACAACCAACUGUUCCCUCCACUGGACCCAAUGCAAAUCCUUUGGAUCUUUUUCCACAGGGCCUUCCAAGUAUGGGUUCUGCUGCUGGUGCAGGGACAUUGGAUUUUCUUCGCAACAGUCCACAGUUCCAAGCUUUGCGAGGUAUGGUGCAGGCAAAUCCCCAGAUCUUGCAGCCUAUGCUUCAAGAACUAGGGAAGCAAAAUCCACACCUAAUGAGACUUAUUCAAGAGCAUCAGGCUGACUUCCUACGCUUGAUCAAUGAACCUGUUGAAGGUGGAGAGGGGAACCUAUUUGGACAGAUGGCCCCAGCAACAGUCCAAGUCACUCCUGAGGAGCGUGAAGCCAUUGAACGUCUUGAGGCAAUGGGCUUUGAUCGUGCACUUGUGCUGGAGGUUUUCUUUGCCUGCAACAAGAAUGAGGAGCUGGCGGCCAACUAUCUGUUGGAUCAUAUUCAUGAGUUUGAGGACUGAGGCUAGACUAGAUGAAUGUCUUUUCAUUAUUUUCCCUUAACCUUUUUAUUUUCCUUUUUUUUUUCUUCCUACUCGUAGUACAAAUCUGUAAUGUGGAGGAUUUGGUAGGUUUUCUUCUUUUCUUUUCUUUUCUUUUUUUUUUUUCAUUUGAGGAGUUAUUACACUAUUCAUAUAAAUGUUGGGAAUGACUAACCGUGUAUAAUGUUUCAAAAAAAAAAAUCGUUUUGUGAUGUCGCAUUUGAUUAUUUUA